AUGACACCUUCAAUCCUCAUCAUCGGCGCAACCGGCAACACCGGCCAAAGCCUAACGGAAGCCCUCCCAAAACUCCUCAAAACAAGCAAAACCCUCUCCACGCACCGGGUGCUAGUUUUAACACGCAACCCAUCAAGCUCAGCUGCCACCAAACUCUCCCAAAUCCCAAAUGUCGAAGUCCUAGAAAAAAACUGGGUUGAAAUAACACCCUCCUGGCUCCGUUCUUACAACGUAACCCGAGCCUUCAUCGCCUCGCACAACGAACCAACCCAAUUCGCCGAAGAAUCAACCUUCCACACUGCCGCCCUAACAGCAGGCGUCGAGUAUGUCGUCCGGGUCUCGACAACGGCAGCUAAUGUCCGACCCGAUUGUCUGGCGUAUUACCCGCGCUCGCACUGGGCUAUCGAGGCACUCUUGGACUCGCGGGAGUUCGGGGGUUUGAAGUGGUCUUCGCUGCAGCCGAAUAUCUUCUCGACGAUGUACCUCUCCGCUGCCGCGGAGUUUGUUCGGAAACACCGUGACGGGGAGCCACAGAGCUCGCUUCGUUUGCUUGCGAACGAGGACGCACCUGUCGGCAUUAUCGAUCCUGCGGACGUCGGUCUUGUUGCUGCGAGGCUUUUGGCGGAGGAUGAUGUUUCGUCUCAUGAUCGAGCGAGAUAUGUUCUGAAUGGACCCCUGGAUAUCACGGGCAGGCAGAUUGUUGAUAUGGUUGAGGAGUAUAUUGGGGUGAAGGUUGAGAAUGUCUGUUAUAAAGAUCUGUCGUUUUUGGAGGAUCUUUAUGAUGCUAAGUAUGCUGCGACUAAUCAGUCGAGGAAUGUUAUUUUCUCUAUUAAGUAUGCUCCUGAUACGGCGUGGGAGGGGAAGUGUUCGGCUGAGACUACUAGUCCCGAGGUGCUGAAACUCGCUGCCCCUAAGCGGACGCCUGCUGAUGUGUUCAGGGAUCUUGUGGAGGGACUGUGA